AUGCCUAGUUUUAUGCAACGUUAUAUUGAAGCUAUCACUAAUGUCAAGGGUGACGGUAAUUGCGGAUACCGUGUCAUUGCCUUGGACAGCAGAAAUAAUGAACAUGAUUUUCAGUUAAUUAAGGAUGACAUGCUUAAUGAGUUGAUGUUGCAUGAGGAUGAUUAUUUGAAUAUAUAUGGGGAUGAGAAGCGUUUGACUUAUAUAACACAAGCGUUGUUACCGUCUAAGAGAAAGACUAGACACGGUGGUGUUGCAUUGAUUGAAAAAUGGUUCACGUUCCCGGAUAUGGGACACACCGCAGCUUCUAUUUUAAAUAGAGUUGUGGUAAAUCUAACAAAACAUGGAGAUUGUGUGACAUUUUUCCCGCUGCGUGGCAGCACACCGGAAGACCCUUCUUCGCAUAUUGUUUGCCUUGGUUCGAUUCCCGGCCAUUAUUUCUAUGUGAAGUUGAAAGACGGAUGUCCGAUACCUCUGAUGUGUCCUCAGUGGAGGAAGCAUUGUUCUCCAGAGGCUGCUGCAUGGGAGUCAUAUAUUUUGGAUCGCCAGACCAAGUUUCAUGAACUUAUGAAAGCUGAAAUAGGCGACAACAAGACGAACAUCGGAGUUGGUUCUAAGUUUGAUGAUCCGUUAGUGCUUUAA